UGCAGCGUUAGCAGUAGAAACAAAAAAGCUAAGCGUGGUGAAGGAUCCAUUUUAAUGGCAGAUCCAUCUUCUCAGUGCCUUUCAACGUAAAGCAAACACACCUUUUUUUCAUUUCAAGGAUUAUAAUCGAACAGAAGAGGCGCAAUCGAUACGCGUCCUUCUCCAUAUGGCGGAGGACGACGAUGAUGAUGCGUUCGGAGAUUUCUCUUUCGCUCCCUUCCAAUCGAAUUCUCUAUUCACCGCGCCAAAUUCGUCGCCCGCUCCCGCCGCAGAAGACGAGGACGACGAGUGGGGCGAUUUCGUGGAACCGCCGUCGCAAUCGGGAACUGCUGUGAAUGGAGAUCAUCAAUCGGAUGUUUCUGCAUCGCCGGCUUCGUGGAUGAAGCCGCGAGGCGCUCUGCCGCUUUCGCUGUUUGGAGAUGCGGAGGAGGAGGCGGUCGCAGGUGAUUUGGCUGUUCCUGUGGAUUUGAAUCGGCAGAAGAGCAAUGGAAUUUCUGAAGGAGGCGUCAGUUUAGGUUUAGCUGGCAAUGGUGUGUUGAAAACAAAAAGUUUUAGUAUUGCCGAUCUGUACGAUAGGUAUUCACAGACCAAGCAUGAAAGCCGUGAUUUGGUUGUUAAGGAUGAUUCAGUUGUCAAUGGAGUUUAUCCGAGUGCGAACCAGAGUACUGCAGAAUCAGCUGUUCCUGAGAUGAAAAAUGUGGAGCUGAGUAAUGAUUUGGUUUUGAGUGAUCAUAAUCAGCUUGCAAGCAAGAGUGAUGUUGUGGAGUUCAGUUUUAACUCUUAUAUGUCGGAUCCGAGCAAGGAGGAGGACCUCUUUGGCGGAUGGAAUGGGGAGUUUAAUGGACUUGGAUCUAAUUUGAAGACAUCUCCUGAAAAGGAAAAUGCAAAUGUGUUGAAGUUGAAUUUAGAUUUGGAUAUGAAUGGUGAUAAGCAACAAUCGGAUGGCUCUAUUACCGCCAUUAAUGAUGAUGAUGAUGAGGAGUGGGACUUUAAGGAUGCAGACUCGGAAUUUCAGGCUCAAGAUGUGAAUAAUAAUGUCGGGUUGAUGGCGCCAGAGGCUUCUGAAAGUAGUCCAUAUCUCUCUGGGACUGGCAUUGACUCAACUAAAUCACUUGAUUUGUUUGGGACUCCUAAUGGAUCCUUUGACUUCUUUGCAAGCUCAAAUGAACCAGUUGAUUUUUUUGCCAACCCAAGCAGUAUUUCUACCACUUCCCAGGAAGUGGAUUUGAUUGGUAUUCCAAGUUCAUCUACUCCAAAUGCUUUUACUUCAUACGGACACUCAAUUAUUGAGAACAAUAAUGUUGGAGGUGACUAUGGGAUUGAGGAACUUGAUGAUGAUUUUGGAGAUUUUAGUGAUGCUUCUUCAAAAACUGGACCAAAGCCAAAUGAACUAUUUAUCAAUGGUAUUCAUUCACCUGUUACUGAUGCAGUGCAAACUUCACAUGAAAAAGUCCAGGAGAAGGAUACAAAUUUAAAUCAUCACAGAGGAGCAAUUCCCCUCUCCAUAUUUGGUGAUGAAGAGCCAGAAAGUGGGAGUUCCUCAGAUGUUCAAGAUAUUUUUUCACACCAGUCUAUUCCUGCAAAAAAAAGUGAUCAUAUUGCUGGCAAUGUGGACUCUAUCCGUGAUAUGAUAUCAAAUUUAUACAGCCAAGCUGAGCAGACUUCUUCUAUAAAAGCUGAGCAUAACCUCAGUGAAAGUCAGUUAAAUCUGCCGAGUGUAGUUUCAAAUUCCGAUUUGGUAGAUAAUGAUGAUAACAACGAUGACGAUGACGAUGAUGAUGAUGAUGAUGAUGGUUCAUGGGAUUUCAAGGAUGCCUCAGAAAUUGGAUUUGAUAGUAAGGCUUCUCUUACUAGCGCGGGAGAUGCAUACAUGAGCAAAUCAUCAAAGCUUAAGCUGGAUGGUUAUUUGGCUUUCUAUUUAAAAUUGAAGGAAGAGUUGUACUUUAUUGGGAAAAAUCAUAUUGACGGGCUAAAGAAUGCCGAAGGUGAUGCUGUCCUUUCUGUUGAAGGUGCAAGAGCUGAAUCUUUUGAUAGUGUGUUCCAGUUUCUCGGUAAUGAACUUGCCGAAGAAGGUGCUUUUCAGGAUCACAAUACAAGAGAUAGUCAUCUACAUGAAUUUGCUGAAGUUUUGCUGGAGCCUCAAUUUCAGCAACUUGAGUCAGAGUAUCACUUAUCACAGAAGUUGUUAAUUGUGGAGACGGAUCUGGAAUCAUAUGUUGGACUCUUAAGACAUACAAAUGCGAUGCUUAAGAUCUUGAACAUAGGAACGCAGGAAGAACAAAAGGUAUAUCUUUCCUUAUGGUCUGAGAUGAUAUCUGUCUGCGCUCAAGAAUUAAGGCACGGUGCCUCAAUUUGGAACGACGCACUGAUGAAACGUGUCCAUAGCCAAUUUCUCUCUGAACCUCAAGGGAGGAAUUUUGUUUUGGCCCUUGGAGAGUUAUAUAGGGUGGUUGUAGUUCUUGGAGCUUCAGCCAAACUUUUCAAGCCUUGGAUUUUAUCCAAUUCAGUAGAUUCACCUUCUAUCUAUAUCUUACUAGAGGAAUGCCAUGCUGUAUGGUCAACUUCCAGACUUGAAGAAGCUCUUGCAAGUGUAUCAGCGCCAACUACUUUGAGUGAGACAUCAUUAUUCAAGUCCAUCAGACAUAUCGUUGGUCUAGAUGUACUUGAGCUUGAGAACUAUGUUUUCGCAGAAAAAGAAUCUAGGUGUUGGCUGUCUCUCCUAACAGCUGGAGUGGUGCCAGACUUGAAGAUCGUAACGUGGGGAAAUGAGCAGUGCUUUGUUACACUCGCGAAUCUGUGGGCAAAUAUGAUAAGCUGUUAUCCCCCGAAUUUGCCACAGUUAAAUCUUGGAUGAGAAGGAUAUUUAGUGGACAUAUUCAAAAUCCCACUCUUUUGUAUCCAGAAUGGCUUUGUGGAUAUUUGCUAUGGCAAUGCACACCGGAAAAGAUCGAGCAAUGCCUGGUUUGUAUUAUGUCAAAGAGGUUGCGUUCUUGGAGUUGGCGCCUAUGUCUGCUCGUCAAACUGCAGAAUCAGUGUUUUGAGUUGCAGAAACAGUUUUGUCCAAAGAAAUGAUUCUUUUGUACUUGUCCCUUUUAAAGUUAUUUGCAUCAGUUAGAGAAGUUCUGUUUUGUGAGGCAUCCUCUUCUCUAUGUUUGUAGUAAUGUGAAUGUAGCUUUGUUUUGUUGUAUCAGUGUGUAGUUCUUGUACCUAAAUCAUUAUUUACCCCAAUAUUCAGGUUAUAGUAAUUUCUUA